AAUCCAAAGAUUGUGUUUUGAAGACCAUGCGUGAACUACUUGUCUUUAAAAGGCAGCACUCUCUGUUGGGAUUGAUUAUGUUCCUCACAAGAACAUAUUAGCUAAAAUGAUCCAUAGGAGAGGAUAUGUACAUGACAUGAUGUGUGUUUCUGAAUCUAGGAACAGGUAGAGUAAAGUGAGAGAGAGAAAGAAGAGCUGGUCAUGGAGAUAGAGCAACUGAAAGAGCAGCAUGAGACUCUGAGAAGUGUCCUGAAGGAGCAACAGCAAGAGAUUGAUCGCCUCAAGUCUCUGACAUCUAUUCAUGAAAAAUAUGAACAGGCAUUGAUCAAGAUCCAACAGCUGAAGAAGGAGCAAGAGGAGUUGAAAGGGAAGGUUGAGGUCCAAAGUGCACAGCUGACCCCAAGGCUCAAAUCUGAGCAGGAGACCCGCAGACUGGAGGAUUACAUUCAACUUCUACAGGAGGCUCGGACACAGUUGCACCAGGAGCAGCAGACUUCCAACAACACCCGUAGACGUGCAGAGAAAGCCGAGAGGGAACUGGAGGAGGUCUAUGAGCGCAUGGAGAGCACUUCCAUGACGUCUGCUCAGACUAAGCAGAAGAGCAGCAAACUAGAGAUGCAACUUUUAGAGUUACGCAGAAUCAUUGAGGAGAAAGAAAACAUAGCAGAGAUGGCUAAAGUAGAAAAUGAGGAGUUGUCCAGAGAAAAUCAGGACCUCAGAAGAGAUAUUGAGAGACUUCGCAAGGAGUUCACUGACCUCCAGACUGCACCAGUGUCCUUGGAGCCUCCCAGCCCUUAUGGCUCUCCAGCUGACCCCACCCCUACUGAGGAGCAGCAGCUAGAUGUACUAUCUGAGACCCCAGACACUGCUCCAAACUCCGAGGAGUUGUCCUUGCAGUGUCAUCACUGCCAUGAGUGGUUCCCUGGCAUCACCCAGGAUGAGCUGGGGCUGCAUGAGGACAGCCACAGACUGUGUCCCUACUGCACCCUCAUCUGUGACGGAGUGGAGCAGACUAUAUUUGAAGACCACGUCUUCAGCCAUGAGGAGUUCGCUGACCUCCAGGCUGCUCCAGUGUCCAUGGAGCAUCCCGGCCCUUAUGGCUCUCCAACUGACCUCUCCCCCACUGAGGAGCAGCAGCUAGAUGUACUAUCUGCCUGUCUACCCUCUGCGAACCACUAUGAGACCCCAGAAACUGCUCCAAACUCCGAGGAGGAAGAGUUGUCCUUGGAGUGUCGUCACUGCCAUGAGUGGUUCCCUGGCAUCACCCAGGAUGAGCUGGGGCUGCAUGAGGACAGCCACAGACUGUGUCCCUACUGCACCCUCAUCUGUGACGGAGUGGAGCAGACUAUAUUUGAAGACCACGUCUUCAGCCAUGAGGUGUAGAGAUGCCACAUCCUCACAACCAUUUAUACAGAGAGUUGCUGAGAGUAGACUAAAUCUGAUACUCUACGGAUGAUGUUCCUAACAACCCAUCAUACAGAGAGUUGCUGAGAGUAGACUAAAUCUGAUACUCUACGGAUGAUGCUCCUAACAACCCAUCAUACAGAGAGUUGCU